AAGUACGCUACACUCUCUCAUCGAUGGUCCGACGAAGAGCUCUUGUUCCAGGACUUCCAGAAUGAUAUCUUCAUCAAGUCCUGCCUCGGUUGGAAGAAACUGCUGAACUUCUGCACCACUGCCCGCCAGUAUUAUGGCGUCUCGUUCUGCUGGGCAGAUACCUGUUGCAUUGACAAGACGAGUAGCGCCGAACUGGAUGAGAGCAUCCGCUCAAUGUUCAGGUGGUACCGCAACUCGGCAGUUUGCAUCGUGCACUUGGCUGCCACAUCGACUUUCACAGACAUAGAUGCCGACGAGUGGUUCACGAGGGGUUGGACUCUGCAGGAGCUUCUGGCCCCCAGUAUAAUCCGCUUCUUUGACGCAGGUUGGCGGCCGCUAUCGCUCUCUUUCAACGAUAAAGAGCCGGGAUCAACUAUCCUUCCGCGCAUAUCCCUCAUAACAGGAAUUCCGAGCGACCAGGUCCACGGUUUUCACCCGUCUUCCAGGAUGCGUGUUGACAACCGUAUGGCUUGGGCUGCGGGAAGGGCUGUCACUCGCGAUGAAGACGCGGCGUACUCGUUGAUGGGCAUCUUCGACGUAUCCAUCCCCAUCGCGUAUGGUGAAGGCCAAAGUCGUGCUUUCUGUCGCCUCGUCGAAUCUAUCAUCAGCGCGGGUGGACAUAUAUCCGCCCUUAAUUGGAGUGGUAGAUGCGCUCGUCACCCAGUAUCCUCUGCGAUACCCGCGUCGCCUAAAAGCUACUGCGAUCAAGUGGCGCUGCCAUACCUUUAUAACCGCUUCAUCUUUGAUGUGGAGAUGGCCAUGACCAAUAGAGGGCUACGUCUC